AUAAUAAUAGAGUCAUUUUUAGCUCUGUGUAAUUUAAAAUUUGAAUUCCAACCGAAAAAAAAAAAGUGUUGCUGAACAGAAAAGAUGAAUUAGAUUGACAGGUGUUGAUGAACUACUGAAAUUAGGAGCUGCCUAGUGGUUCAGUAGUUGAAACAGAAGAAAAGAAGAUAGAAGUAUAGAACAAUACACAAGUGCAGACAGGGUUGGAAAUAAGGUGCUAAAAGAGACAAGGGUAUUACUUUAUUUGCUUGCAGAAUUACUCCGCUAAAAGAUAUGGAGGACAAUUGUAAGAUCAAGAAAGAUAUUACUGAGUUAAUAGGUAAUACUCCGAUGGUUUAUCUCAACAAUGUAGCGGAUGGUUGUGUGGCCCGAAUUGCUGCCAAGCUUGAAAUGAUGACACCUGCAUAUAGCGUUAAAGACAGAAUUGCAUAUAGUAUGAUCAAAGAUGCAGAAGAUAAGGGCUUGGUUACUCCGGGGAAGACUGUACUUAUUGAAGCUACUGGUGGUAAUACUGGGAUUGGAUUGGCGGCAAUUGCGGCAAUGAAGGGUUACAAACUUAUAAUAGUAAUGCCUGCUUCAAUGAGUCUUGAAAGAAGAAUUGUGGUACGGGCUUUUGGAGCUGAGCUUUAUCUUACACAUCCAAGCAAGGGGAUUAAAGGGGCAAUUCAGAAGGCAGAGGAGAUACUUAGUAAAACUCCUGAUGGGUAUAUCCUUAACCAAUUUGACAAUCCUGCCAAUCCAGAGAUUCAUUAUGAAACCACUGGUGCAGAAAUAUGGAGAGACUCAGGAGGGAAAGUUGAUGCCCUGGUUGCAGGGGUUGGGACUGGUGGGACUGUAACAGGAGCUGGUAGAUUUCUCAAGGAGAAAAACCCAGAGAUUAAGGUGUAUGGUGUCGAACCAGUUGAGAAUGCAAUCUUGAGUGGAGGAAGACCUGGUCCACAUCUGAUACAAGGAAUUGGCCCUGGUAUCAUUGCCAGCGUUAUGGAUGUUGAACUGCUGGACGAAAUUGUUCAUGUAUCAAGUGAGGAAGCCAUUGAAACAACUAAGCAGCUUGCCUUGAAAGAAGGUUUGUUGGACUUCUUGCACCCCCCCUCCCCACAGGUCGGAAUAUCUUCCGGUGCUGCAGCCGCUGCUGCAAUAAAAUUGGCAAAGAGACCUGAAAAUGCUAGGAAACUCAUCGUGGUGAUAUUCCCUAGUUUUGGAGAGCGUUCGUUAUCUUCCGAGGUGUUUAAUUCCAUUAGGAAUGAGGUGGAAAACAUGACCAUUGAUUAAGAUGUUAUUUGUAGUUUGCUAUAAUUGUUCAUGCAUGGAACUUGUGCCCAUAACUAUUGCAACUUUGACAAGGUUUCUGUGUACUUAUUGGCCUUGACGUGAAUUGCAGGCUGAUUUACACAAUUGAUCUUGAUUGCAAGAAUGUUCUAUGGGAAAUAGAUCACAAUAACCAGGAGAAAUAAUAAUUACAUAAAAACAAA